AUGUAUUUGAUUGGCAGGGAUAGAUAUGAAUGGAUGACUAAAAGGAUGAAUGUAGCUAGCAUUUGCCCUUAUGAAUUAUCAUUGCACAACCACCCUGGCAAUGGGAGAUGGGGUGCAUUUGAUGCACACCUCCUAGUGAAGUGUGAUGACCACUGGAUCAUGUCGCCAAACACUGACUAUGUUCCCCAACCCUUCAUCUUUGAUGGAGAAACAAUCACACCCCUACAUGAUGGAUGGUUCAGCCAUAUAGACUGUUUUCAAUGGCCACAGCUGUUUGCAGAACACUACACAUGGAGUCCAUGUGUCCCCUGGAAAGUGGCCUAUGGAGACAACCCAACAUGGAAGUGGCUGUGGUGGAACAUUACCCAGUCAGCAGAGGAUUUUGUGCUGGAAAGAGGGUCUGCCUUCAAAGUUGGAAGGAUUCAUGCUGACAAGUGGAAGUCAAUGGAGACUAUUGCUAAAGAAGCACCCCCACUACAAAGGUCCUCUGAGACCCAAUUUGUGGCUGGGGUCAUGUUGCAACUCCCAUUUACAUUUCAAGACACAGUCAUAUUGGUUGCUUUUUGUCAAUGCCUCCUCCUAGACAUCUUUGGCAUGCUAGAAUAUCUGGACACAGACCUUGACCCUGCUAUGGGCACUUUUGUUGAUUCAUUUGACUGCUGGAUCAGGGCAUUCAUGACAGACCCCAACAUUUGCCAGUGCCUUUUCGAAAUAUGUGUGCCUGUCUGGAUGGUCUGGAAACCUGAUCAUGUACCCCCAGACAUGCAAGUGUUGAAAACUGUCGAGAUUACAUGCCCUCAUGACAUAGUCACAGAUCCUGAGGUUUUUGAGGUUGGGCAGAUGCUGAAAUGGCACAGUGCCUGGUACCACCCUGCAAUUGGGCUUGAGCAAUUUGCAGCUCCCUGGCUGGAACCACUGCGCACCAGCAGUGGUGUGGCCUCCACUCCCACAAGCAUGGGUCCCACAGCUUCCAAUGCUGCAAGUUCCAGCAGUGCAAGUUCAAGUACAGGAGCUGUUAGGAUGGGCAGGGCUCAACAAUGUAAUCAGCCAUAUCCCCCUGUGGGCUUGAGAGGAGCCAAGCAAUUGGUUGUUCUGAAUCCUGAACUGUGGGAAGACCUUCAUGAUCCAGCUAUUCCCCCUACUAUGUCUGCAUGGCAUGCUGCCCUGAAGGACAUGAAUAAGGAUGCAAAAAGGCCCAAGUCUGUUUGUGAGGGGCAAGUCCUCCAAUUGCCAGCAGAGGUACCUGAGGAAUUGGCUAGUCUCUUGAGCAGUCCCAAGCUCAUCAGCCUCCAACACGACAUACCUAGCCAUAUGAUGAAAAGCAAGAUUUUAUGGGAUUUAUAUGAACACAACUUGCAGUUUGAGUUGGUUGCUCUUGACCAUGCAAUGAUGCCUAGCUUGUGGUCAAAUCAGGAUUCAGAGUGGCUCGAUCAUGUCUGGCAGAUUUUCCCUGGUGAUUUGGAACUCACCAUGUGUGCUGAGCCUUUCCCUCAGCAAAAUCAAGGCCUUGGCUUGUCUGACUUUCAAUCGAAAUGGGAGUAUGUAGAGAAGCUCUGGGUGUUACUUGCUGUAUGGCCAGGAUGCCCCUCAGACUUGGCAGAGCCAAUUAUGCCAUUAGCAUCAUCGUCACAUGUCUGGGCAAUGGAAAAGAAGUUGGCUAUAUUUUAUGUACAGUCGUUCUUUGAUACUUUUGGUUGUCCGUCCCUUCUUCCCCACCUUAUUCCAACUGCACUGCGUGGUUAUGGUUCAAAUAGUCAGUAA